AGUGGCUGUGCGGGGUGAGGGUGGCGGCUGACAGGCCGGGCUGGGGCCUGGCGGAGGGGGCAUGAAGCUGCUGCGGGGGGCGCUGGGGGCUGUUCUGGGCCUUGCGCUGCUGCUGAGCCCGGUGCAGACGGUGGAGCCCAUCAGCCUGGGACUGGCGCUGUGCGGGGCUGCCGCCUCAGCGCUCACCGGCUUCAUCUCCUACCCGCGCCUCUACUGCUACUUCAGGGAGUGCUGCCUCCAGCGGGAGGGGACCCGGGCGGGAGCAGCACUUCAGGAGGAUUUGGAUAAGAAACUAUUUGGUCAGCACCUUGUGAAGAAGGUGAUUGUGAAAGCUGUGAUUGGUUUCUUGAACAACACAAACCCCAAAAAACCUCUCACUCUCUCCUUACAUGGAUGGACUGGUACUGGCAAAAACUUUGUCAGUAAAAUAAUAGCAGAGAGUAUCUACGAAGGAGGCCUGAACAGCAACUAUGUCCAUCAGUUUGUGUCCACUUUGCAUUUUCCCCAUGCACAUAGCAUUAGCCAGUACAAGGACCAGUUGCAGUCCUGGAUUCGAGGAAACGUGAGUGCCUGUGCCAGGUCAAUCUUUAUAUUUGAUGAAAUGGAUAAAAUGCACGCAGGGCUCAUUGAUUCCAUCAAACCGUUCUUGGACUAUUACGAGCAGCUUGAUGGGGUGUCCUAUCGGAGAGCUAUCUUCAUCUUUCUCAGCAAUGCAGGGGCUGAAAAGAUAACAGAUGUGGCAUUAGAUUUCUGGAGAAGGGGAAGAAAAAGGGAAAACAUGGAACUCAGAGACUUGGAAGCUUCAUUGUCUGUGUCUGUCUUCAACAAUAAGAAUAGCGGCUUUUGGCACAGCAGCUUGAUCGACAGAAACCUCAUUGAUUAUUUUGUCCCCUUUUUGCCUUUGGAAUACAAACACGUGAAAAUGUGUAUCAGGGUUGAACUUGAAUCACGUGGCUACGUGGUGGAUGAAGAAAUCAUAACCAAAGUGGCUGAUGAGAUGACCUAUUUCCCCAAGGACGAGAAAAUUUACUCUGAUAAAGGAUGCAAAACUGUAUUCACCAAGUUGGAUUUUUAUUAUGACUUAUAAUGUUUUACAAUGCUGUGAUCUGCAAAGGAAAAAAUGAACCACAUCACACAAUGAAGAAACCGAAAUAUUUCACUGUCAAGCACUUUUUUAAAAAAGGGAACAUUAUCGUUUAAUUGGUGGUGUAAAUAACUGGCAAUACACUGGGGGAGCCUUGUAAUAGUCGUAUCUUCAAAAGAUGUCUUUCCUGUUCCAUGAAGUUAGGAAGGAACAGUGCAUGGAGCAGUCACCUCUUCGAGAGCAUUGUUGAACAGCGCCUAUGAUUAUCUCAAAUCACGACUUGGUUGAUUGUUACAGUUUGUUCAGUGGAACACUCACAUGUAUAUUAGACCUGCAGUUUUGAUCUGGUUUUAAUUAAAUUUUAAUUUGUAGAAAUGGUUUCUAGAUGGUACAGAAUAUUUUAAUCAAGGCCUUUGUAUCUUGCAACCCAUUCCUAGGAGUUGUGGGUGAGGUAUUUUCCAAUUGUGUUUUGAAAAAAGGAUAUGCAGGGUGGGGUUUCCCCCCCUUAAAACAACCAUCUUUAGUGCUUCCAGCUCUAUUGGAACCAUUGUGUGAGAGAGAGAGUCAAUAUGUCCUCUUACAUAACAUUAUAAGGUGCCAUUCUUAUAAAAGCCAGGCUGUAAACAAUCUCUUCUGCUGCCAAACUGCAUUAGCCAUGUGGACUCCAUCUCUGAUAGGAGUAGGUCAAUAUGUGAAACAAAGCUGAGCAAAAAAAGGAACUGCAGUUGUACUGCAUUCCUGUAAUGGCGUUAGUUCCUCCUUUGGCUGUUUGCUGUAAAGUGGAGAGUUGGCACGUGGCCUGCUUUCCUUUUCCUUCUUUGCUGUAAUGAAGAAUAAGGUUGUUCACUAAAUCCAGGGAUGGUUCUUGGUUGGAGUGUCCAUUUCGUAGAAUCAGAGUAAGGCGAAGGCAGAACCUGGUACGUCCAUGGGCUGGUUGUAAGAUUUUCUUUUGUUGCAAAUAUUUCUAAAUGCAGAAAAUAGCAGCUUGGGUAACUUUUCACCCACUGUCAAACGGUGAGAUUUCAUUUUGAUCCUAGCCUUAAAAACACUGCUGUGUGAAAAGAGAUGAAGACAGCUUCAAAACUACCUGGAAAAAUAUUUAAUUACAGUAAUCCAUCAACUAAAGUUAUUACACCCCAUCUGCCAGUUUUAUUUAUAAAUGCCAGCACUGUACCUUUUCACUCCCGUUUCUAGCUCUUACAAUUUGAAAGUAAGAUUUUUAUAAUUCCCUCAAUAAAAGAUCUCACCAGUAAAA